AGGCGGGGAGGGUACUCGCAUUGUCUUUAUGUUAAUACUUCGCACCCCUCUCUCAGUGUCUCUGUGCCACUUCUCGAGCGCACGACUUAUAAGAGCGAGGAUGUGUGUAUCGAGACCCGUCUGAGAUUUAAGCUGCGUUUGUUGCCACCGUUCAAUUCGGGUGAUCAGGCCGGUCAUGAGUUGUCUGGAUGUUAUGUAUCAUCAGUCUUAUGGAGCGCACCAGUACUUCCCAGCAGCAGCUGCAGCCGCCUACACCGCCGCUUAUUACCGCCACCGCCACUCCCAGCAGCAGAAGUUAGCCCUGUACGGCAAGAUGCAGGAGUCGAUGGAGAGCAACUCGCAGGGCAAAGAGAACGAGAAGGAGCAGCCUCCUGAGGCAGAAUACAUCAGUUCCAGAUGUGUGCUGCUCACAUAUUUCCAGGGAGACAUCGGCGCCGUGGUGGAUGAGCAUUUCAGCAGGGCUCUGAGCCACUUCAACGCGGAGAACCCGAGCUCGAAGGCCCGCGCUUCAUCCAGCACCUUAUGGAAAGAAGGAUUACCGGUUUCUGCAAAUCAGAAGAACAGCUUCCCUGCUUCUUUUUGGAGUAGCACCUACCAGGCCCCGGCACCACCGUGUCUGAGUGGGAGUCAUCCCGAUUUCUCUGCUGCGACUGGCGGUGUGUUUCAUUCCCACGACUCCAUGGCUUGGCCUGGACAUGGACUACACCAGCCCAGCGCUCCCGCACCAAACGCUGAGGCGUGGCCCUACACGUUGGCAUCACAAGGGAGUUCCAGCUACCAACUUGUGCACGACGUUUACCCACACGUGCACCACCCACAUGCCCACGCCCACCAUCAUAAUCCGCACCUAGACCCUCGUUACGGGUCUUUGUUGGUGCCGUCGGUGAGGGCAGCCAGGAUUGCUGCAGGGCCGGGCGAGAUCACAAAGACAGACCCUACUGCCGCAGCGGCUUCUUCCCCAUGGACUGGAGCCUUUCAUGGAACCCUAGACGUGACGCAGGGAGUUGACGCAGGACUCCUACAUCAAGAGAAAAACAAGGAGCACACUUGGUUUUAGCCCAUAGUUCCCUUACUUUGUUUUGCAGCCCUCUUAAAUUAAACGUCUCUACUUCAUCUGGGUAUGAACCCCUUCUAUGGUGGAUCUUUCCCUCGCUAAAGAAAUUAAUAUAACCAUGGUAUCUGAUGGAAUAGAAUUGGUCUGGAACAAUUAUCUUCAGAAGGAUUGUUUUUGAUGGAAAAAACAAUGGGAUUCUAUUCUGAACAAGCUGCCAGCUUUUUUAUUUAGAGUAAAUGGAAAAGCAGACUGUUGGCAUGUGUGGUGUUUGAAGAACGAUAAAGUGCAUCAAUAACUAUUAUUGCAGCUAGAAAAAGAAACACACAUGUUCAGUGUCCAACAAUGUGUUUCAUAAUGGAGUUAUGUAAUAUUUGAUGGCCUUAGAGGAUCAUAAAUACAAGAAGAGUGAACAUUUGCAUUUUCUGAAGGUGAAGCACUGGCUGGUAUAUUGUACGCGGCACAACAGAAAAUGUUUUUAUUUUUAUGUUUUAAGAAUUAUGUGAAGUGUUGGAUUUUUAAAAUAAAUUUCAAAUACUGUGAUUGUUUAAAAAAUGUAAUAUGACACUACCAGGGAUUUCUGCAUUUCUUCUUACUUAUUUAAAUAUAGUUUAACCAUUUGUGGACUGCAAUAGCACUUUUACCAUGUCCUUAAAAAAGCAGGUUUAAACUCUUUUCAUUUUCUUUACCUACCAUAGGAGAUGCACAAUGGCCCUGAUUUCUGAGAUUCAGCAUAUCAUACAUUGUUAGGAUGGAAAAGACUUUCUGAUAUAUUUCCAACAUUUUAUAGCAUCCUCAAAAGAGGAAAACUUAUAGAUUCAUCUUUUAGAAGGCUAUGGAACCUUCCAUUCCAGUAACGUGAUCAUAAAUGUUUUUACUUUGAUCUGUUUGUACAAGUGAAUCAUUUUGUCUUAUAAGCUUUUAAAAUCAAUCUAUAAUUUGGGGAUUAUAACCAUUCUCCGUUAAUGGAGAUAACAACGCGAUACUUUUAACUAUAAGGAAAAGCACAGUAUUAUUUUUUUUUACACGGACUGCAUUCUGUCGGUGGCCCAAAUAGUUGAACCAAAAGCAAAAGAAAAAGUAACAGUGACGCACCGAUAAAUCACCUGCCAAUGAGUUCAAAGGUAAAAUACUUCCGGGAAGGAAUGAUGUUUCAGAGUUCCUUCGCUCCUUCCCUCUCCCCCACCCACCCCAACCACACCCUGUAA